AUUGGUCAUGAACCAAUCCGGUCGGUUGUUCGCUCUUCAUCUGUGCGUGUCUCUGCUCGUCUUCGGAGGAGAGGUGCUCGGUGGGACAAAAGAAAAUGAGAUCGUCGUUAGGAUCGUCGGAGGUCCGUCGAUGGCCCAAAGAUUGGCCUACGAAUUGGGAUUCCUUUACGAGGGUCAAGUUCGUGGCUUCGCCGAUACGUACAUCCUCCUGCCCAUAGACGAUCACGAAGGCGUCUAUCCGACACACCUCAAACGAGGAGCCAACAAAUCCAGGAGGCUUGCUGAUGAUGAUAGGGUGUUGUGGGCUGAUCAUCAGGAGACGAAGCAAAGACAGAAACGCGAUUUCUACCCGGACGAUCCGCGCAAAACAUACGCGAACUUCCGAAGAUCUCGACCUCCGAAAAUCGACAGAACUUUCAACGAUGAACUCUGGUCUCAAGAAUGGUAUUUGCAAGAUACAAGAACGCGACCGGAUUUACCGAAACUCGACCUCAACGUGCUUCCACUAUACAGACUUGGGGUUACAGGAAAAGGCAUCAGAAUUAGCAUACUCGAUGAUGGCAUCGAAUACACCCAUGACGAUCUGAAACGCAAUUACGACCCUGACAUAAGUUGGGAUUGUAACGAAGAUGAUGAUGAUCCGUUGCCUAGAUACGAACCGUCUAGGGCGAAUAGUCAUGGUACCAGGUGUGCAGGUGAGGUGGCUAUGAUGGCGGAUAACAGGAAAUGCGGUGUGGGUAUAGCUUACAAUGCGAGGAUCGGUGGUGUUAAGCUGCUGGACGGUUUAGUUAACGAUAGGAUCGAAGGAACCGCUUUGGGAUUUGCUCAAGAUUUAGUGGAUAUUUAUAGCGCAAGUUGGGGCCCGAACGAUGAUGGUAAAACUGUGGAUGGACCUGGAAGAUUGGCGAGAGAAGCUUUGGAGCGUGGAAUUAGAGAG